GCAAUCUGCCGGCAUUACCCACUGUACAAAAUCACCAGAAGGUUGUAUGUUUCCCUCUAACAUGUUUCAUGCUUCACCAUCGCCAAGAAAUAAGGUCUGGCACAUUGAGACGGGGACGUUGAGCCGACAGGCCAAUUCAAAAGGCCAGAGCUAACGGGCUCCCGAGCUGGGCUGCGCUCCACGUCAUUAACCACGUAUUUCUUGGGCAUCAAUUUAAUAGCGUCUCGGCUUUCAGCACCAAACCCACUUGUUAUGGAUCGACACAGCUUAUUCAGGCGAUAUUUGUGAUGAAUGUGACCAGUAUGGUGGUGCUGCAGCUGAUACUGGCCGUGGCCGUUCUCAGCAGCGCGAGCUUCCGACAGCAGGAUCUGUACCCUGUGGUUCGUACCCAGUAUGGCCGUGUCAAAGGGAUGCGAUUCGACCUCUCCAACGAUAGCCUCAAGCCGGUGGUAAAAUUCCUCGGGAUUCCCUAUGGCACCAAACCGGAAAGAUUCCGCUAUGCAGACCGCCCUUCUUCCUGGACGGGAGUAAAAAAUUCUACUGUACCGGGACCAUCUUGUCCACAGAGGGUAGAGUUCGCAGACAUUGACAAGUCCCCGGCUUCGGUACGUCGAACGCUGAAUACCAUGCGCCCAUUCUUAACCAAGAUGAGUGAAGACUGUCUGUAUCUGAAUGUUUAUUACCCGGCAAACGCUCAAGGUGAUCCAAAUAAUCUACCUGUUAUGGUAUACGUUCACGGUGGGUACUACGCACAGGGGACGGGCACCAUGUAUGACGGCAGCGCCCUCGCUAGUGAAGGAGAUGUCGUUGUGGUCACCUUCAACUUCAGAAUGGGCAUAUUAGGGUUUUUGAGCACCGGAGAGAAGAACGCCCCUGGGAACUAUGGUCUGUCCGACCAACUCCUAGCUCUGGAAUGGGUAAAGAAGAACAUCAAGUUUUUCAAUGGGGAUCCGGACCGAAUCACCGUCUUUGGGGAAAACACUGGCGCAGCAAGCAUCACCUUAUUGACACUGUCGCCGAAAAGUACAGGUCUGUUUAAAAGCGCAAUUGUGCAGAGCGGCUCAUCUUUAGCUACAUGGGGAAUGACACAGGAGCCGUGGCAUUACGCAACUGUUCUUGCGCACAAGGUAGACUGCUGCACAAGUAAUUUUUCCCGAAUGGUAGAAUGCCUACGUCGGAAGCCAAUUGAUGUUCUGUUGUCUGCGUAUGUCCAGCCUGCCGGCCCCCAGUACUUCAGCAGUUUCGGCCCUGUAGUAGAUGGUGACAUUGUUCCAGAUACACCGCUUAAUCUCAUGUCAAAACCGAGCGAUGUACUGAGACAGUUUCAAGACAUUGGCCUCCUAAUGGGCGUUAAUGAAGACGAAGGCUACGCCUACAUUGAAGGAUACAAAAAUAUUGACAAAGGCGUGAGCAGAGAGGACUUUACUGUUGCCAUUUUAGACUUUGUUAACAAAGUAUUUCCAUACAGAGAGAAUGAAAUACAGGAUGCCAUCAGCUUUAUCUACACUAACUGGGGCGAGAAGGAGAGCAACGCCACCCGGCGAGCCGGACUCAUCAGGAUGUUCACCGAACAACAAGUCGGGGUUCCGUUAGUCAGUGUUGCAAAUUAUCACGCAAGAGUUAGCCCUUCGACACGGACGUUUCUGUACACUUUCAACCAU